AAGUAAAUAUACAAGGGAGAUACGCUUAUCUUGAUAAAGGUAAACGUUCGAUUUUACGGUACAACUUCACGAAUCGUGUAUUCCUAUUUAAAGAGAGUUGACGUAUACAUAAUUUAUUAGAAAUUAUUUAGUGUACCAAACAAUAUGCCAGUUCGUCAAUUAUCACCCGAUUUAGCUAUGAAGGCUCAAUUGGAGUUAAACGAAGACCCAGAACGGAUGGCAGAAGGUAUAGAACAUAUUAAAAAGUGGCUAGAAAAACAACCACACAUACAUGCUAGAACUGAUGAUCAAUGGCUGGUAGCGUUUCUUCGUGGAUGCAAAUACAGUUUAGUUCGAGCUAAAGAAAAAUUGGAUUAUCAUUAUACAGUAAGGAACACCGCAAAAGAUCUAUUUCAAAUAACACAUAAAGAUCCGCUGUUUACUGAAAUAUUCGAUUUAGGAUGUGUAUUGAUAUUACCGAAAUUAACGGGACCCACCGAACCCAGAGUGGCAAUUGUACGGCCCGGUAGAUACGAUCCUAACAAGUACACAGUAUCUGAUAUCAUAUCUGUAUCCAACAGUUUGCAAAAGUUAAUAAUAAUGGAAGAUGACAAUGCCAUGAUUGCUGGCAUAAGAGCAAUCCUAGAUUUAGAAGGCGUCACAAUGGGCCAUUUUCUUCAGAUGACACCGAUACAGAUGAAGAAAUUAGUUAUAUCUCUACAGGAUGUCAAUCCAUUCCGUAUGAAAGGCACCCAUUACAUUAACGUACCACCAGGGUUUGAGAUGUUUUUAAAUGCUUUAAAAGCAUUGUUGAAUGAGAAAAGUCGAAGUAGACUAUUUGUGCACAAUAGAAAUUAUGAAGACAUGUACAAGUACAUACCGAAAGAAAUACUACCCAAAGAAUACGGUGGUUAUGGUGGAACUACAAGAGAGAUUAUAGGUUUGUAUAAAUAAGGUUAUACUAUUUUGUUAUAAAUACUUGUUUAUAGUUUUAAUACUCACUUGCUUUUUUUUCAGAUUUAUGGAAAGAAAGGGUAAAUAAUUAUAGCGAUUGGCUCGAUGAAGAUUUGCAGUAUAGAACUGACGAAUCAAAAAGACCUGGUAAGCCGAGGACAGCGGAAGAUAUGUUUGGAACUGACGGAUCGUUUAGACAACUACAAUUUGAUUAAAUGAUUAACAUUAUGAUGUUUGUAAAUAAAUAAUAAACGGUGAUAAAAAGUAAAAAAAAAAAUUGG